GCGAACUUGAUUAAAAUGACGAAGGCGUCGGCGCCUGUCGUCACUAACAUUGCUUCUCGUCCAUCCAUCAUUGUUAUAUGCAAGCUAGCAGUUGAUAACACACCCUGCGAAAACCAACGGGAAACACACAGCAUUCUCAAAUUGCUCUCGGAACGCGUCGGUCGCGCGGUUCCCGACUGUAUUUCAGUGCUUGUAAUUCUAAAAUAUAGGUUAUAAAUAAGUAAAUAAAACCCGGCUCUCGCAGCACUCAUCGUAUAGAGCCUACGAGAGGUCCAGUGUGUUUUGUUUGCAACAGUUGUUAUAUAUUUUAGUUGAAAAUGGCAACGAAAAAUACCGAUGCGAAUGUGGAAGAGGGACAAGCUCCGGAGCCCCGCGCGAGCAAGCGAGGGUUCCUGGCGGGAACCAGUUCGAUUGUGGGCCUGUCAGACGUAACAGACAACAAGCUGAUCUGGCGGCAGCUGGUGGCAGAGCUCCUGGGCACAUUCCUGCUGACGUCCAUCGGAGUGGCCGCCUGCAUCACCAUCUCCGCCUCGUCUGCGCCGCACACAACCAGCAUAGCGCUCUGUUUCGGUCUCCUAGUCGGCACCAUUGUUCAGGCGAUCGGGCAUGUGUCGGGUGGACACAUCAACCCAGCCGUCACGUGCGGGCUGUUUGUGGCCGGAGACGUCAAGCUGCUCAAGGCGUUGUUCUACAUCGUGGUGCAGGCACUGGGGGCCGUCGCAGGCGCCGCUUUCAUCAGGCUGGCCGUCCCUGAGGACAGUUUAAAUUACGGUUUUGGACUGACCCAGCCCGCAAAAGGAGUUUCCGAUGCUCAGGCCCUGCUAGUGGAAGCUCUAAUCACAUUCGUGUUGGUGCUAGUCGUGCAAGGCGUGUGUGACGCGCGCCGCAACGACGUCAAGGGCUCAGCGCCGUUGGCCAUCGGGCUCGCCAUCACUGCCUGCCACGCCGCUUGCAUUCCCUUCUCUGGAUCGAGUAUGAACCCAGCACGGUCCUUCGGACCAGCUCUCGUUAUUGGCGACUGGACUUCUCACUGGGUGUAUUGGGUAGGUCCCAUCGUAGGCGGGGCUGUUGCAGGCCUCUUCUACCGAUUUAUCUUCAAAAUAGGCAAAGCGGGAGAUAGCGGUUCCUACGACUUCUAAGACUGCACCUGACGCAGCAUCACAUUGUGCCUUUUACUUUAUCUUAUAACCAGAAAUCAAAGCGCUAUGAGACCUAUUUUUACUAAAUUCCCUGAGGGGUUAGGCGGUACUGUCCGCACGGAUAGAAAAUCUUUCGAAAGGAAAGUGAAAUCGAUUCGAUUAAUUUAUUGAUAAGUAUAUUUUACUAAAUUGGCAACCAUUAUUGGUUCUAAUGGGUUUAUAGAAUUCAAGAUUUUUUUUUGUUAUACUUAUGUAAUGUGCACUUUGUCUUUCUGUACAAAGCGAUAUCCAAAGCCAAUGACUCGAACGGAAAAUUGUUAUAUCCUUGAAUAUUAUCUGUAUUGUGUUGCAACGUGUUUCAUGAAGUGCCUACCGAAAAAUUUCCAGUAUUCAUUCAAUAAACUAAGUUCAUGAACUUUUUCCUGAAACACAUUCAACUACAAGUUUUUCAGAUAGACUUCGAAAAUUAUAUUAGGUUAGGUUAUUUAGAUUUAAAAUGUUAAGAAUUAUUUAUAUUAUAAUGUGAAUAAAUUAUUUUAAGCUUACUGUACCUACUUCGGAAACUUACACGUUUAUACUCAAUGUACCUAUGUGUGAAGAUAAAUGUCUACGAAGAGACAUUAUUUUAACAUAUCUCAAAAAGUGUUUAUUUUUCAAAUAAAUAUUUUAAUUGCCUA